AUGGCCGUGGCAGAGGACGAUAUUUACCCGACCGACGCCCUCGUUUUGACACAGUCACGAAAACAUUACCGUAUCCCCGUGCGCUCGCAACACUGGCAGUUACGGUCUCUUGUUAGCGCCGAGAAGCAGAACAUAGUUUAUUUCCCAGGAGGUAAUGGAAGCAACCACGUCCAGCGCCUGAAUACAUCGACUCGAGAAUGCGAAACAAUCAAGCUCCUAACUUUUGCACCUCGGUGCCUCGUCGCUGAGAACGGAUGGCUAUGCUGUGGGAGUGAGAGUGGCGAUUUUGUGGCGAUGCGACUCGACGAAGGGAACGACGACAGCCAUGGAUCCCCAUCAGAAUUCGACCCAGAAACGCGACAGAGCCUCGGGCUCGAUUCAUCUCGUGAAGACUCCAUACAUUCUCUACUGUCACGCGCAAGACGUUCCAACAAGAGCCUCAUCGCGAAAAGUAUGAAGUUGGCAAAAGAUCGGGUCAACUGCAUCACACUAUGGUUCCCACCUACAGCGAUGCCAGCGCACAAAAAAGCGUACACGGAACCGGUGGCGGUAUUGGCCAACAAUGACCGGACUGUGACGCUGGUCAGCCUUCGUGAUUUCGAACAGAAAGAAAAGACCGAAGCAUUGGAUGUCAUCACCUACCCAGAUUUCGUAAACCGAGCCCUCAUAUCCCCCGAUGGCCGCCUCUUAAUUGCUAUUCUUGACGAUCCAUACCUGUACAUUCACGAGCGUGUAAAGAGGACCUCGGAGUCGCCCGCCGUCAGGUCAAGUGAAUCCCCCACAUACCAAUGGGAGCAGACUCAGAGAAUAUUGCUCAAGAGUCAAAGAAAGGACGAUAGGACAGAUAGCCGAGGGAGCUUUGCUGCUUGUUUUUCCGAAUCUGGAGCAUAUUUCGCAGUUGGCACUCAACAUGGUACCAUUUCCGUCUUCAACGCCGCGCUCCUCGCAGACCCCGAUGCCGAUCCUCUUAUCACGACUUUCCAGUCUUCACGACCGCACAGUGGCCCUGGAGCUAUACGAGAUAUGGCCUUCUGCCCUGGGCCAUAUGGGAUGCUGGCCUGGACUGAGGAUAGGGGUAACGUUGGUAUUGCCGACAUGAGGAGUAACUUCUUGGCUCGCCAAAUCAUCAACAUCGAGGAACCGGCCUUUGAGCAUAUCAAUAUCCUUGACCGGAAUACUAUUGACCCGCGACUCUUGGAUAGCCGCCGAGAACGAAGAGAUAAUACCCUGGCAUCGGACGUUACAGGCACUUCUAGACGCCGAGACUUGCUUAACACGCUCAACCCUCCUUUAGCUGCCCACGAGACGUUGGUGCUCGAAGCUGUGCAACUAGAUCGACGUAAUCGUGAAAAUCGCGAGAGAGCCGCCCAGCGAGCGGUGGCGGCAGCAGCAGAGGAAAGAACCACAGGUGGAGGGACCAACUUCUGGGCUGCCCGUGCUGCCCGGCGAACCCUUGCGAACGACGAUACUGGGCGCCUUGGGGAUCGAAGAAGUAGUAGUAUCAUGGGAGGUCUACUGGGGAGUGGCUACCGUCCUGGAGACCGACUUCGUGGAACGAGACCUGCUCCUCGUGGUGCUUCCGAUUCUCAAGAAACUGGGACACGACCAGACCAACAGUUGGAAAUUCUCGGUGAAACAGUGGCGAUGUUCACGGAACGCCAGAGGCAGGAUCCGUCAUAUCUCACUGUGCUUGAGAUCCUCCAAGCGCGGGAGCGUGACAACGACCGGGACCAAGACGACACCACAAUUAUAGUACCACUCUUGAACCAAGCUGUGAAUAGAUGGGAGGACGAUCACGGUGUAUUUGAAGUGCCGCCCUCUCCGGACAACACUGCUGGGUUGGCUUGGAGUGAAGAUGGCCGUGUCCUAUUUGUCGGUGCACAGAACGGCAUAUACGAGCUCCACGUCGAUGUUCAAAGCAGGAAAUUUUGCCCAAGUGUUUCGAUGAGGUGA